GUGGUUGUAAUCUGUGGACUUGGCAUAGUUGGAAACAUUAUGGUGGUUCUGGUGGUUCUAAGGACUAAACAUAUGAGAACCCCAACUAAUUGUUAUCUCGUUAGCCUUGCUAUAGCCGAUCUCAUGGUCCUGGUGGCAGCAGGGCUUCCUAACAUAACUGAUAGUCUCUAUGGCUCAUGGGUGUAUGGAUACAUGGGAUGCCUCUGCAUUACUUACCUUCAGUAUUUGGGAAUCAAUGCUUCAUCUUGUUCCAUAACUGCAUUUACAAUUGAGAGGUACUUGGCAAUCUGUCACCCAAUCAAAGCCCAGUUCCUG